GUUGGACCCGGUGUGGAGGAAAGAGGCGCACGCACAGCAAGGGCCCAGCUCGGAGAGAGAGGCCCCAGCUCGUAGAGAGAGAGAGGGGCCCAGCUCGGAGAGGGGGAGAGAGGGCCCAACUCGGAGAGGGCGGGCCCAGACCGAGCCAGAGAGCGAGACGCGGCCUGUUCCGUGUCUGAGUGGAAGAGGCCGAGUUGCGGCCUGGAAGCCGGUUUCGAUGGGGAAGAAGACACGGAUCAACCUGCAGCAGAGCAGGCGGCGGCCCAUCCUGCAGCUGGAGCCCGGCCAUAAGAAGGAGGAGCGCGGCUCGGGCUCAGAGGAUGAACAAGAAGACGCAUCCGAUCAAUUAUUUGUUAAUUCAAGUUCAAACAAUACAAACAAUGGGACGGCAAAGGAAUCUGCAGUCCGGACUACAGGUGGGCUGGGCUUACUCGGAACUUACACAGACAGCGAGGACGAUGAUGGUGCUGACACUGAGCCACAAGAGGCAGAGCCACGGCCCACCAAGUCUGCAGACAUCGACAGCACGUUGGCAAACUUCAUGGCGGAGAUUGAUGCAAUUACAGCACCCUUACCUGUUUCUGAGUCAAGUCCCACUGAGUCACCCGUGUCAGCACCCACACCACCGCGACCAGAACCCAAAACUGAACCGAAUGGUCAGAAACCAGCAAACAACCACAACGGCAAUGAGGCGAAUGCCACUGUGGAAGGCAGUAAUGUGGCAACUGAUUGGCACUACGAUACACAGUACUCACUCUCUGGAGUUAACGUGAAUAUGGGCGACUGGCAGGAGGUGUGGGAUGAGAACACAGGCUGCUACUAUUACUGGAACGUUCAAACCAAUGAAGUGACGUGGGAGCUGCCCCUCUAUCUGGCUGCUCAACUGCAAGGUCUACAUUACCAACACAGCUCCGUGACCCUGUCCGCUGGCGAAGUGGAGAGUAAUUAUCAGCACACAGGCAUCUAUCACCAUGACCAAACUGUGGCAAAGCCAGAUGGCAGAAACCUGAAGAAGAAGGAAGUGAACGAGAGUGUAUUUGCACUGGCUGGCGAGAAAGAGGAACAUUCAGGUGUCGCCGCAUCUCUGCUGGCUCCUCUCAUUCCCGAAGAGGUGAAGAAAGCCGAGGAAAAGUGGCGGAAGAAAUUGAUUUGCCAGGAAGAAGAGGUUGUUGAGGACAGUGGCAAGAACAACAGCAGCAUGCAAGUGCAAGAAGCAUCACAAGAGGAUCGUCCGAGCUUAAACCUUUCCCUGGAGAGCGCAGAGGAAGAGGAGGGAGUGGAGAAAGAGGAGGAGGAAGAGUAUACCCGGGAACUGGAGUUGGUGCUGGAGAGAAAGAAGGCAGAGCUGCGUGCACUGGAGGAGGGCGAUGCCAGCUUGACUGGGUCAAGUCCGCGCUCUGAUUGCAGCCAGACUUUAGCGCAGGAGGGGCAGGUGUCUGAGAGCAGCAAGCACGUCCAUAGGAAAGGAAAGUGGCAGGCACUGGUUCGCACUUUUAGCCCCGAGUCUGCUGGUCGUGCUUCAGAUAACCUAGAACGUGACAUCACCCCAGAGGGAACGCACUGUGCUGAAACUGCUCCUGAAAAGCCGAGUGUUGAUCCUGAGGAAAGUGAAAUGGAUCUUGAAGGAUCUGCAGAAAAGCAAACAGCUGCACCAAAACUUCCUCCAGAAGAAAAGGAUGACCGCGGUGAAUUGAAGGUGUUUCAGAUUGCUGAAUUGGCAAACACUCUCUCCAGCAAACUGGAAUUCCUGGGAAUUAGCAGACAGUCUAUCUCCAACUUCCACUUCCUGCUGCUCCAGAUUGAGACUCGAAUAUCAGACUGGCGAGAAGGAGCACUGAAUGGCCAAUACCUGAAACGCAAACUGCAGGAAGCUGAUUUACAGAUUAAACACUAUGAAUCUAAUGCAUCCCCAAAAGGCUGGUCCUGCCAUUGGGACAGGGAGCACCGGCGCUAUUUCUAUCUCAAUGAGCAGACGGGCCAGUCACAGUGGGAGUUCCCAGACGUGGACGAGGAGGAUGAAACAGCUGAGUGUGCCUCAAGGCUGAAUGCUGGCAAGAGCAUGUUCUCCGCCAGCGCUCCGGUGAAAGAAAUAUCGGGCGCACUAAGUGACCCUACAGAGCUCUGUGCCAGCCAGCUUUCCGUUUGUCAGCCAAUCAACACUGCUUCUAUAAGAAGCAAUGUCCAACCCCCACUCCCCCCGCUUCCCCCUCAACCCCCCCUCCCAUUGGAUCUUCCUCCCCCACCCCCACCCCCACCUUCCUCCCCUCCCCCACUACCCCCACCACCACCACCUCCCAGCGAUGAUGGAGACAUACAGGAAGUGGAGAUGGAAGUGGAGAGCAAGGAGCCACCAGCGCCAGGAACAGAAGAAGAUUGUUUGGAAAGAGCCCUUCUCAACAUCAUCCCAGUAGCAACAGUUCAGCCUCCAGCAGUAAGGAAGAAUAAUUCUGCUUCAAGCACACCUAUGAACCCACCAGCUUCAGGUCUGACUGCCAAAGCUAGCAAGAGGAAGGCAGCAGUGCUGACUUCUGUACCGAUGCCACGUACCAUCACCAUUGGAAGCAGUCCUGUCCUGUACACUCAGUCAGCCAUGAUUGCAGGUCCCCAGCUGCUGGCCACGAUGGUACCCAUUCCUCCCAUGCACCAGGCUGUACCUGCACCAGCACCCCCUCUGCUGCCCAUGCUGACCAGUGCAGUGCAGACACCACACCAUAUCCCACAACACCAAGCACCAGUCAUCCAAGCAAACCUACCACUCCUGACCAUACCGGAGGUGCUGCCAACUAGUGCGGUGGCUCAGGCAACAGAGAAGAGCAGAAAAGUGAAGAAAGACAAGAAUAAGAAGAGUAAAAUGAAGAUGCCAUCACUGGUGAAAAAGUGGCAGAGCAUUCAGCGGGAGUUGGACGAGGAUGAACACUCCAGCUCCAGUGAAGAUGAGCAGCGAGUGAUUCAGGCACAUAGACGGAUUGAGGAGUGGAAGCAGCAACAGCUAAUCAGUGGCCAAGCUGAGAAGAAUGCCAAUUUUGAGGCACUGCCGGAGGACUGGCGAGAGAGACUGAAAAGGAGAAAAAUGACUUCAAGUUCUUAAUGUUUUUGAAUUUUUCAGUUUGUGUAAAGUAUUUUUCUACAUUUCUAUAAGAACUGUUUAUUUGUGUAAAUCACUGUGACUAAGGUAGUGGCUCUGUGAGCAGCUUGGUGCAUGAGCAUUAGACUUAGAGUACUGUAUCCUAGCAUUUUUUUGAAAUAUUGGGGCUACAAACAAAUUUAUGUCAUAAAGUGGCGUGCAUCUGGCAUGUGAACUAAAACCCAUUUGCAGGUUCCUAUCUGUGCUGUACAUUUGUAUAUAACAUCAAUAAAAGCUCUUUUUUACAUUA